GAACGCAGCCAUUUACAAGUAUUUCUAACUCCAUCGAAUAGCCUACUGUGUCUGAUAUAGACGUUAUCAGAAAAGGCCUUUUAACAGGUGUCCAAACACUGGUUAAUCCCAUCCACAUGACAUGACCCUCAGGUCUGGGAAACAUGAAUAAACAGUCGGGAAUUAGCCUUGACGCACGCAUACACGCGUGCACAAACGGAUCCAACGGACACGCAGUCAAGUGUUGACCGGAAAAAAUUGUGUUCCGGAGUAUUUGUGCAAGUUGCUGGGACAGCUACCCUUAGUGUCAUUUAAUAUCUCUGUGUGUGUGUGACAGUUUCGCACAAGAUCGUCACGACAAGAGAGAGAGAGAAAACAUAUAUUUACAUGGAAAACUCUGGAGAGAGUUGCCAUCUCUAUAACGUGGUAUUGUAAAUGACUGCAGUAUUUGACAGGAUAUUGAACUGUGUGAUCAAAGAACUUUCAGUGCACACUGGAACUGGAUUUAGAAUUUUGGAACUGGAUUUAGAACUUUGGAACUGGAUUUAGAACUUUGGAACUGGAUUUUAGAGCUUUGGAACUGGAUUUUAGAGCUUUGGAACUGGAUUUAAAACUUUGGAACUGGAUUUUAGAGCUUUGGAACUGGAUUUAGAACUUUGGAACUGGAUUUAGAGCUUUGGAACUGGAUUUAUAACUUUGGAACUGGAUUUAGAAUUUUGAAACGCUCGAUUUUUGAUCUCCAUAAUCCCGAUCAAAUUCAACCCGUGGAUUUAUUUUGCGUAGAGAGAACUUUGGUCUCACUCAGAUUUCCUUGUGGUCGAAGUUUCUAUUGGAAUUUCUUAUCGGAUAUAAUAAUCUUGGAUUCAAACCAUUCUUGUUGUAACCCAUGAUAAGGGUUAAAAUAAUGAUUUAACUUUAACACCCCAUAGGCCUAGGUUAUUUAGGGACAAUUCCAUUUUCUUUUUUUGGAUAAAAACUUGUUGGCAGCCGUUGAAAUUUGAACCCUUUCUGGAGUUUUAAUGUAACGGUUGAGUUGUUUUAUAAUGUUAUCGAAUAUUUCACCAUAUCCCCUUGGUUAGUUUCUCAACCCGAACCCAAUCAUUAGCCUCACAUCUCUGAAUAACGGUUCUGUUAAUAGCUCAAUCUGAUCGCCUAACACUUGCGCACGGUGGUGCAUGUGAGUGUUGGCAGUUGACAUCGUUAACCAACCGGGUCUCGGUUUGUGUAGCCGACAUCUGUUUUUGGAAUCUUCUCCCGGUUCUCUCGCUCCCACCGGGGUGAUAUUUUCUCGUAAAACCCCACGAUGUUGCUCCUUUCCCCGGUUCUCCUCCUUCUGUUCCGCGUGGUCUUAUUCGAGGCUUCGCAGGGCAUCAUCCAGGACAGCGGCUACUAUCACCACAAUGACCCGGAACUCGGACUCACCUUUGCCGGCCAAAGAACGGUGUUCGACUCGACAGACCCAUGCCUGGUGGUGUCACCUCCCUGUAUGAACGAGGCAGACCGAUACAGUCUGGAGGGUCUGAGGAACAUCCACAGAGAGAUGGAUGACGACCAGGAUGGCGGGAUAGAGGUGGAGGAGAGCGUGGAGUUCAUCAUCGAGGACAUGAAACAGCAGCCGACCAACAAACACAGCAAUCUUCACAGAGAGGACCAGCACAUCACCAUAGAGGAACUGUGGAGGGGCUGGAAGUUCUCAGAAGUUCAUAACUGGACUCAGGAUGAGGUGUUGAGGUGGCUCAGGGAGUUUGUAGAGCUGCCUCAGUACGAGAAGAACUUUAAAGACUUCAGAGUCAACGGCAACACCCUCCCCAGGAUAGCAGCCAAUGAGCCGUCGUUCCUGAGUGUCCAGCUGAAGAUCGUGGACCAGAGAGACAAACAGAAACUCAACAUCAAGGCUCUGGACGCGGUGCUGUUUGGUGCUCCUAUACGCCCACCCCAUAACUACAUGAAAGACUUGUUGCUGAUAGUUUCUGUGAUGAUGGGUGUAGGAGGCUGCUGGUUCUCCCAGGUCCAGAACAAAGCUUCCAAAGUCCACAUCUCCAAGAUGAUGAAGGACCUGGAGAGUCUGCAGAGUGCUGAGCUCAGCCUCAGAGAACUACAGGAACAGCUGGAGCAGGCCCAGGAGGAGAAGCGUAACGUGACAGAGGAGAAACAGAACCUGGAGGAGAAGAUGAGGGAUGAGAUCAUGGGAGCCCAGGAGGAGGCGCACAGACUCCAUCGGCUCAGAGCUGGAGCCGUCAGUCAACUGAGCAGACUGAGAUACGCAGAGGAGGAGCUGGAGCAGGUUCGGGGAGCAUUGAAGAAGGCAGAGAAGGACAUGAUGGCGUACUGGUCUGUCCCGGAGGCCCUACAGCUCUGGCUACAGCUGACCCACGAGGUGGAGGUGCAGUACUACAACAUCAAGAAGCACAGCGCUGAGCUGCAGCUCAACACAGCCAAGGAGGAGGCAGAAAAGAUCAAGAAGAAGAGGAGUUCCCUCAUGGGGACGUUCCACGUGGCUCACAGCUCCUCACUGGACGAUGUUGACACCAAGAUCCUGGAGGCCAAGAACGCCCUAUCAGAAGUCACGGCCUGCCUACGGGAGCGUCUCCACCGCUGGCAACAGAUAGAGCGUCUGUGUGGUUUCCCUCUCCUCAGGAACUCUGGCCUGGCCAGCCUGACAGCCACGCUGUAUUCAGACUCUAACUGGGUGGCGAUGCCCAGGGUGUCUGUACCCACUUUCCCUUCCUGUCAUGAAACAAUACAAGGCUCUCUGGAGGAUCUGAUGGAAGACCCCUCAGCAUCCAUCUUAGUUCCACCAAUGAAGCGCUCCCCUCGCUCUCGUGGCUCUACCUCCACCGUGUGUCGUCAACGGCGUUCUGGACAUGCCUCCUCUUCCUCUUCCUCAUCCUCCUACUCUGAACCUGAUAUCCUGAUCCCUAUCCACACCACGCUCCCCUGCUUCGAGGAAGAGGAGCAGAUCUUCAUCAACGCCCAGUGGAGGGGAGAUUCUCAGGUAAUUUAUUCUGACAGGACCCCUCCUCUCAGCAGAAGGUCAUCAGAACCUUCCGGAACGGAAUCCCCCGUUUGUAAGAUAUCUAGAGAAGAACUGGAAGCUUCCUUGGAUGAAGCCACAUUGAAGACAUCAUCUAAAGACGAGCCGGACUCUUCUUCUGUGGACAACACUGCUCCAAGGAAAAUGCAAAGAGUCAAAAGUGAGACUUCCAUGGACCCCCCCGCCGACGCAGCAGCCAAAAAGGUAUUGGGUCGUUCGAUGGACAACGUCUCAAGGAAGUCAUUCAGAGAUGAGUGUCACGAGGUUCCGUUGGAGACUCACGUCUCAAAGAAGAGGUCUCUUCUAUCUACAGACAUGAUCGGUGUGUCUUUGGACACCGGCUCCAGGCAGAUGAUGAGAGAGAGCAGGGGAGAAGCCUCAUUCAACAACUCCAUGAGAGGAAGACCCAGAGAAGAAAUGGUGGCGGCCGUUGGAACCCCAACGAGAAGGAUAUCCCGAGAGGAGGUGGACUUCUUAGCCGACAGCGCUCAGAGGAGGAUGGCGAUGGCCAGAGACAAACUGACCCUUCAUCUGGACAGCAACUCUUCUCACAAGAUGCUCAGGAAGAAGAUGGAGUUCCCAGUGGAACCACCAUCUGCCGCCACGAGGAAGAUAUCGAUAGACGAACACCAUGAGAUGUGCUCUUACACUAGCAGACGAACAAACAGCGAUAAGGUUGACAGAUCCAUAGACACUCCCACUGGGAAGAUCUACCCGGACAGGGUCGACAGUACCCCAGAAAUCCCUAAACGGAGGAUAUCCAGGGAGGAGUAUGCGGGGUCGUCCCAGUUGGGUCACGAUCCCCAGGUUUUGGAUUGGGGUCAGUUCGGACAACCUGACCUCACCUUGUCCACACCAUGGAAACAAACCCAGACCCCUGACCCUUAUACCUCCGACCACCUGACCGAACUGGUGUAUGACGGUAUUCUGGAGAAGUCCUGUAUCGCCCCAGCAACGACCCCUGACCUGCCCCAGAGGAUCACGGAAGGAAGAGAGCGAGAAGGGAAUCCUCCUGUUCCGCCCCCGAGGAGCAGCCGGUCCCUAAACACGUUGCCCCCGGAGAUGAGAGGCGAAAGGCACCAAAAGGACAAAGACAAAAGCACGAAGUCGUCCAAACUCAAGAGCCUUUUUAAGAAGAGGAAAGAUCAUACCCCAGAACUGCCACAAGGGGGCCUGAACAAUCUCUGACUGUUAACUGGAAUUUAAACACUUUUUUAAAUGUAAAUUCUUGAACCAGGAAGUUUCUUGAGGUUAUGAAACUCUGGAUAAGACCUCAGCCAGGAAAAGCUGAGAGGAAACAUGAACAUUGGUCUUAUAGAUUUGAUUUUUCUAAAAAAACGACACGGACUGUUUGGCUGGGAUUACAUGUUUGAAAGAAAAAAACAUGAGCAAUAGGAUUGCUACGUUUUUUUCAAAGCCAACAAAGACUGAUUUUUGAAACUCAGAAAAAUAGUGUUCUGGCCGAUAACGCGCAGAUUGCCGGACAACAUGUUAUUUUGGCAAUGGCUAGUCAAUGGGCAGGUAACAAACUCUUGAGUUGACAUAGCAGUCUCUAAAACUGAUUAAUCUCAUACUAGACGGAAUACUCUGAAAACAGGAACACAGUCGUUGCUAUAGUUUCAGGACUAUUUUGGUACUACAAAGCAGAAUCAAUUAACCAGCUGUCUUUUAAUUAACCAUAGUUAACCAUCUAACUUUGAUAAAUAACCAGAAAUAUGUCACACCCUGACCAUAGUUUGCUUUGUAUGUUUCUAUGUUUUGUUUGGUCAGGGUGUGAUCUGAGUGGGCAUUCUAUGUUGGAUGUCUAGUUUGUCUGUUUCUGUGUUUGGCCUGAUAUGGUUCUCAAUCAGAGGCAGGUGUUAGUCAUUGUCUCUGAUUGGGAACCAUAUUUAGGUAGCCUGUUUGGUGUUGGGUUUUGUGGGUGAUUGUUUCCUGUGUUAGUGCCAUACGGGACUGUUUUCGGGUUUUCACGUUGUUGUUUUGGUUUUGUGUUCAUGUUCAGUUUUCUAAUUAAAAAACCAUGGACAAUUA